UAGAUGCAACUUUCAUUAGGGAUGCAGCUUCUAAUACAGAUUUUUCAGUAAUAGCAUCUGCAAAAAUUGGCACAUUCAGUUUUACAUCAAUUUGUUUUUCCAUAGGGAUAGGCAGUAUUAACUACGACAGACCUUGCAAUGAGGAGUGUUUCGCAGCAUUUGUACAAAAACUUCUCCAAUCUCCCGAGUCACACUGCCAAGAAGUGUAUUAUUAUGCGCAAAUUAUGUAUGCAUUGGUUUGCCGAUGGUUGCUGUCAGUGGUGGAGGAAAAUGAAGUAGAUUACAUGGACAACAUGGAAAACAAAGUUCAAACAGCUGGUUUACUGCAUGAUCCACCAGAGGCACAUAAAGAAAGUAUUCUAGAAUUACUGGAGGAAUGUAUUAACGAGACAACACCUGGUGGAAGACUGAGUGCCAUUGAAGAGUUGGUCGACCUUCUGCAAGAAAUACAGUACGCAUGAAACUCAAACGCUGUAUGAACCAAUCCACUCUUCCCAUAAUACAUCAGUGUCAUUAACAUAACUACUAAAUACUUAACAUAUCGG